AUGGCUUCAUCAGUGCAGAAUAAUAGGGUUUCUCCUUCUGGCUAUUGUGCAUGUUGUCGAACGUGCAAUAUGUGGUGCUGGAGGGCAUUAAAAUGGCUUCCAGUACUGUUGAUAGUUUCUAUUGUGACUUGGUCGUAUUAUGCAUACGUUCUCCAGUUAUGCAUUUUUACCAUUGAGAGUACAGUGCAACAAUGUGUCUAUCUCGUGAUUUACCACAUUUUAUUUAUAAUGUUCGCUUGGUCGUAUUGGCGAACAAUUUUCGCUAACAUCAAGUCAAUUCCUGAUAAGUAUAAGUUACCUGAAGAGGAAUUAGAAAAGUUGUUAAGUGCAGACACAGAAGAAGGACAGCGUACAGUUUUGGAGAAUUAUGCUAAAGAUCUUCCAAUAGUCACUAGAACAAUGUCAGGGUCAGUGCGGUAUUGCAACCGUUGUGUUCUUGUGAAGCCGGACCGGGCCCACCACUGCAGUAUAUGUGCUAGAUGUGUACUAAAGAUGGAUCACCAUUGUCCAUGGGUGAACAAUUGUGUCUGUUUCCACAACUACAAGUUCUUCAUGCUAUUCCUUGGAUAUGCGUUGCUGUAUUGUAUAUUCAUUAUGUCAACAUGUUUGCCAUAUUUCAUCAGGUUUUGGAAGAUGUAUCAGGAAUACAAGCAUGCUCACUGCGAUCGUUUUAUUGAAAACGGUUCAUAUACUAAACAAUGCAUGGAUAUUCUUAAUGGUGAUUUCGGUGCAGCUGGAAGCUCGGGUCGUUACCACAUAGUGUUCGCAUUCUUUGUGGCUCUCAUGUUUGCGGUAUCCCUUGGUUCGCUCUUCGGCUACCAUUGCUAUCUUGUAUCUCAUAAUAGGACUACGUUAGAAGCGUUCCGUGCUCCAAUGUUCCGUGGUGGCGCCGACAAGAACGGAUUCUCGAUUGGGGCCUUCAAAAAUUUCAAAGAGGUGUUUGGCAACAGUCCAAACCUCUGGUUCCUGCCUGUGUUUACGAGCCUGGGUGACGGCUGCGAAUACCCGGUGCGCCGCGAGCACCAGCUACAAACUUUCACGACUGCGCCGGACGGGCUCGGGUACGAAUCUAUGGGCACCACGCGCUCAAGCGUGGCAGUGGCACACGAAACUGAGAGAUGGAGACUUUGUCCCCGAAGGGGGCGGACCGUCCCGCAAAUAGUAUAA